AUGGGUGUUAAACAUAAUAACGUCAAGGGUUUUGAUUCUGAGAAACCAAAGCCUUUGAACGCGGCAAAUAUAGAGGACGCAUUGACUGCCACAGGAUUCGGUAAAUACAAUUUCGGACUCCUCCUGAUAUGCAGUUGGACACUACAAGCUAUGGGUAUGGAUUUAUUUGGCACCAGUUUCGUGGUGGCUGCUGCUGUCUGUGACUUGGAGCUCACGAUGCAGCAACGUGCUUUACUUAUUGCCAUGCCUCUUGUGGGUGUUGUUACUGGUGCCCAGCUGUGGGGCUACAUCUCGGACACAAAAGGCCGAAGGUUGACUCUCGUGUUGUCUAUGUCAGUUGGCUUUGUGUUUGCUGCUUUGAGCAGUUUUUCUCCAGAUUGGAAGACCAUGGCUGUGUUGAAGUUGAUUUCCUCCACAUUCACCUCAGCCAGUAACUCAGGAGCGUAUACUCUUCUAGGGGAGAGUUGUCCAGAGCGGGCUCGAGGCCGUUCCAUGCUGCUCUGUACGUGCUCUCUAAUGUGCUCUCAAGCUGUCGUUGCUGUAUUCGCGUACCCAAUCCUUCCCUUGAACUUUGUCUACUGGAUUGACUUCCUGGGCAUUACGUACCGACCGUGGCGACUGCUUGCCUUAGUGAUGUCACUACCGUGUGCAGCAACUGCCUGCUUGCUGCAGUUUUUCCACGAAAGUCCCAAGUUCUUAGUGUCUCGGGGUCGCACUGACGAGGCGCUCGAAGUCUUAAAGAAGAUAUAUGCGACUAAUACUGGAAACAAAUCUAGUAGCUUCCCGAUUACGAAGUUGCUGUUAGAUGACGAUGAAAAUUCAACGGUGGGAGAAGACUCGUUCCUGAAGGCGUUAUGGGAACAAACGGUGGCACUCUUCCGGCCGCCCAUGCUAAAGGAAACUCUAAGGCUUUUCUACCUCGUCACUGUUAUUUAUAUGACAGGGAGCGGCUUCAUCCUGUGGCUGCCGUACAUCAUGAACAACCUAUUCUCGGUGCUGGAGGCGGGGGGUGGCGACGGUAUGAACCUCUGCACCGUCAUACGCUUCUCCACCAGCCUCGGAGCUACGGGGAACGACACUACAAUCCCAGAGGCAUGCAACGACACCAUACAAGAGACGACUUUACUCUCAGCAAUAAUAUACGGUGCAAUGGCAAGCGGUUCUAACCUCAUCCUCUCGCUCACGUGCGGGGCGAGGAAGAGGUUUGCAAUGAUGGGCAUCCUCGCGAUGUCCGCCAUUGCAGCCGUGUUGCUGAACUUGGUCAGGAUCCCCAUCGCCGGUGGAAUCUUCUUCUUCUUUUUCCUCAUGUGCGCGCUCACUAUGGGCAUCUUAAGCGUUUACUUCGUCGAACUCUACCCAACACAUUUAAGAGGUAUGGCUUCAUGCCUGUCGGUAAUGUUGGGGAGGUCGAGCGCGUUCUUGGGAGUCAACGCUAUUGGAGCUUUAAUUUCAGCUAAUUGCGAGGCCACAUUCUACGGAUGGUCCGUUCUAUUACUAAGUGCAGUAGCAUUCUCCUGGUUCCUGCCAAGAGAUAAGAAGCUUGUUGAAUGA